AUGAAGGGGGUCAUACGAAUUAAGGCGAAAAAAAGAAAGGGAAAAACGGAGGAGAACAAUGAAGACAACGUCGAGGUGAACGACGGGAUGGAGGGCAAGCCGGCAGAUGCCAAAGAGGAGGGUGAACCUGGCCACAGGGUGAAGGAGAGCAAGGAAGCCAAGGAAAUUCGCGAAGUUAUGGAAGCCAAGGGAAUCAAGGGUACCAAAGAAGACCCGCUUAUCCUUGGGCAAAAGGACGAAAGAGGGAGCGAAGAAAAGUUUAAAAUAAAGAUCGGCGAAUCGGACGAUGAGAUGAGCAGCAUCGUCCAGGCAGGCGACAUAAAUGAGUAUAAGAAUGUGGGUGAAGGGAGCCGUAGGGGGAGCGCCUCUCUGGGGAAGAAUGUAAAAAAGCAGGAUAACAUCGGCGAGGGGUACGCCCCCCUGGGGUUGACGCAACGCAGCGACCAGGUUGAAGCGGUUAACCAGCCGUUCGGCCAAUUUAGGGAGAAUAAACCAAACGGUAGACCCUCUGUUGAAGAAAAUAUGAUAGAAACAAGCUUGACUCCACAAAUAUGUCGACAAAGAGACUUAACCUACUCGGCUCCCAUCUAUGUAGAUGUGGAAUAUGUAAAAGGUAGUAACAUAAUUAGAAAGAAUAAUGUCGAGAUUGGGAGACUCCCUGUCAUGUUGAGAAGUGAUAUAUGCAUUCUACAUAACAAAAGUGAAGAAGAACUGAUGAAAUUGGGUGAGUGUCCAUAUGAUCCUGGGGGGUAUUUCAUCGUUAAAGGAACUGAAAGGGUUCUUUUGAUGCAGGAGCAGUUGUCAAAAAAUAGAAUCAUUGUCGAGAUGGAUAUAAAACAUAAUAUCUGUGCAACCAUCACAUCUACGACAGCGGAGUCGAAGAGUAGAUGUGCCAUCGUUUAUAAGAACAACAAACUGUACCUAAAGCACAACUCCUUCAUUGAAGACAUCGGGGUGUGUAUUAUCCUUAGAGCCAUGGGGUACGAGAGCGACCAGGAAAUAUUUCAAAUGAUAGGAUCGCACAGAAAUUACCUGAACGGGAUUUUGCUGUCCCUGUACGAGUUGUACAGUGAGAAUAUAAAAACAAAUUUAGAUGCACUGCUCUACAUAGGGAAGAAAAUUCGUCCGAGGCUACUAGCCAAGGGGUUCUUCAGUUCCAUGAAGGAAAAGCAAGUAAAAAAUGAAAAGGACAUCAUCGAAGAAGGAUUGGAUUUUCUAAGCAGAGUUCUUCUAUCUCACAUUCAGCAAAAGAACAAGUAUGAUUUUAGAAACAAAGCUAGAUGCAUCUGUCUCAUGAUUAGACGGGUUCUAGAUAGCGCAAAUAAUAAAAACGAAUUAGAUGAUAAAGACUAUUAUGGUAACAAAAGGUUGGAGCUAGCUGGGCAGCUAAUAUCUCUCCUGUUCGAAGAUUUGUACAAACGAUUUUAUUUCACCUUAAAGAAACAGAUAGAUCAAACGCUGAGCAAAUACAUGCAAAGUAAUUAUACGUCCAAGUUGAAGUACAGCGGAAAUAUAAAUGAAACCUAUCCGGAUGUCUUUCGAAGCUUACCAAAGGAUAUCAUUACAAGGGGGAUGCAGGCAGCCAUAUCCACGGGAAAUUGGAAUAUUAAAAGGUUUAAGAUGGAAAAAAGUGGAGUAUCACAGGUACUAUCCCGUUUAUCCUUCAUUGCAUGCAUCGGAAUGAUGACUAGACUCAAUUCGCAGUUCGAAAAGGGUAGAAAGGUUAGUGGGCCAAGAGCAUUGCAACCAUCCCAGUGGGGAGUUCUAUGCCCCUGUGAUACUCCAGAAGGGGAAUCCUGUGGACUGGUUAAAAAUUUAGCACUCAUGACACAUGUCACGAAUGAUAAUGAAAAUAAUGAACAUCUAAUCGAAAUAUUAUACACCCUGGGGGUAGAAGACAGUGACAGCUUAACAGGAGAGGAAAUGUACAAGGAGGGAAUUUUUUUUGUUAUCUUUAAUGGGAUACUUCUAGGCGUGCAUAAGAAGCCACGCACAUUUAUGAGGAGAAUUAGGUGCCUAAGAAGAUAUGGAAAAAUUGGCCAAUUCGUUUCUAUAUAUGACAAUUUUUUGCAUAACGCUAUUUACAUUUCAACCGAUGGUGGGAGGUUGUGCAGACCGUUAAUAAUUGUAGAAAAUGGAAAAUCCAAGUUGUCCCAGGAGCAUAUUGUAUCGCUAGAAAAUGGGACGAUUAACUUUUUUGAUUUACUUAAAAGUUCCGUCAUCGAGUGGAUAGACGUGAAUGAACAGAACAAUCUUCUCAUCGCGCUGAACGAGUCAGACAUCUCUGUGAAUACGACUCAUCUAGAAAUAGACCCUCUGACAAUAUUGGGUGUGGUAGCUGGACUGAUUCCUUAUCCAAAUCAUAAUCAAAGUCCUAGGAACACCUAUCAAUGUGCUAUGGGGAAGCAAGCCAUUGGAGCCAUUGGAUAUAAUCAGUUCGUCCGAUGCGAUACUUUACUGUAUCUGCUUGUGUACCCUCAGAAACCGCUAGUAAAAUCCAAGACCAUCGAAUUUAUUAACUUUGAAAAAUUGCCUGCUGGACAGAAUGCCAUCGUGGCCGUUAUGAGUUUCUGUGGGUAUGACAUUGAGGAUGCGAUCGUCAUGAACAAAUCCUCCAUCGAUAGGGGCUUCGGACGGUGCAUGUCUCUGAGGAAGCAUGCCGUGGAGUUGAAGAAGUACUUUAACGGGUCCAACGACCUGGUCCUGCCUUCUCCCCUCGCCAUCAGCAAGCUGCAGCAGCGCCAGGAGAAGGAGAGGCAGGAGAAGCAGGAGAGGCAGCGUCAGGAGAAGCAACGGCAAGCGCAGGAAGACCAGCUUGCAGCAACAGGACAAUACAUAAAGGAAGAAGGGGACCACGUAGAAAACGGCACAGACACCAACGGGGAUGAACCGAAAAGGUUCCAGAAUAAAGAAAUUAAAAAAUAUCACGCGCUCGAUGUGGACGGAGUAGUCUCCAUUGGCUAUUUGCUCAAAGAAGGACAAGUGUACAUAAAUAAAUACUCACCAAGAAAUGUCAAAGAUCACGUGAAGGAUAUCAGUAAAAUCGAUUUAAAUGAUUUAAAAUCUAAUGAGGUUAAAUAUAAAAGUGUGUACCCUUCUUACAUUGACAAAAUUAUUUUUACAGAAAACGCAGAAGGGUUAAAAAUCUACAAAAUUAUUAUGCGGCAAACUAGACUCCCCGAAUUGGGGGAUAAAUUUAGCUCAAGGCACGGUCAAAAGGGAGUUGUCGGAUUGCUAGUUAAUCAGGAAGAUAUGCCAUUUACUGAAUCGGGUAUAUGCCCAGAUUUGAUUAUGAACCCACAUGGUUUUCCAUCUCGUAUGACGGUGGGGAAGCUCCUUGAACUUGUUGCCUCCAAGUCAGCAGUCCUAGAUGGAGAAUUAAAAUACGGAUCUAUUUUUAGUGGUACCCCCUUUGAGGAAAUGGCAUCCAUUUUGUUUAAAUAUGGUUUCAACUGCUCUAGUAAAGAAUUGCUGUACUCAGGAUUGACAGGGGAACCGUUAGAAACGUAUAUCUUUAUGGGACCCAUUUAUUAUCAAAAGUUAAAGCACAUGGUACAGGAUAAAAUCCAUGCUAGGGCUAGAGGACCAAGACAGCUGUUAACUAGGCAACCAACUGAAGGGAGGUCGAAAGAAGGAGGUUUACGGUUAGGUGAAAUGGAAAGAGAUUGCCUAAUAGCAUAUGGUGUGAGUAAUUUGUUACUUGAACGAUUAAUGUUAAGUAGUGAUGUGUGUGAUGUGUACAUCUGUGAAGAUUGUGGCAUGAUGGGUUACGACACAUAUUGCACAUUUUGUCAGAAAUGCGACAAAAAUGCUCUUGUAAAGAUGCCUUAUGCGUGCAAAUUGCUCUUCCAGGAGCUGCAGACAAUGAACGUCUUCCCCAAAAUUGUGGUGAAGGAGACGUAG